AUGUAUGCGCUCGAGGCGGGUGUGGUGUGGUUGGGGUUGAUUGUAUCGUGGAGGAGGACUGGAGGAUCUUGCAGCAGGAAUUUCUCGCUGUGCUGUCAAGGAUCGUGCAAGGCUGUCCUGUUUACGCAGAAAAUGCGAGAAUCACUUCGAAAAUCAGAGAAACAAACUGUUAGCCCCGCCGUAGUGGCAUGCCAAGAGAAACCAGGGCCCGCAGCGCCCACGGCCGAUCGUCAACAACACCGACGCGCUGCGUCAUGCCCCGUCUGGCGCCCGUGCAGCCCACGCGUGCAGCCAAUUCACUGUGACAUUGCCGUUUCUAUGACUACCAGGGAGCCUGCAUGUAGUCAUCGCAACGCGCCACCGCGCCCCAACCUGCCGUAGAGCCCACCAUGGCAGAUAUCCCACCCUACCCGCUCUACAACAGGACCUACAACCUGUACCGCCUGUCCCCACUGCACCACGGCGACACCCCGCUCCUGACUGAUGGCAGUCUGCACGUGCACGCGAAAAGGCUCAAAGAGCAGUUGAAAGGCGACAAUGUGCGCGGGGUGC